CCCUUCUUCUUCUCCAAACCUCUUUCUCUCUCUCUCUAGAAAAAAACACAGUCUUUCUCUCUCUCUCUCUAAGUCAUCUUUCUGAGACUCACAUUCAUUCUUUGCUUCUUCCUUUUAACAUCACGAGAUCCUCAUCUCUUUCCCUUUUCCCCUUUUUAUUGGGUUUUUUUUUUUUUUUGUUCUUUAAUGUCUUCUUCUUCUUCUUCGGAGAGUAAUCUCUCUCUGGUUUUGAGUUUCUCUCACUGUAACACUACCAGUAGUAAUGGUGGAACUACUAAUUUUUCAUCUUCUUGACAUUGUUGCUGUAAAAAUAAAAAACCUAAUUUAGAAAUAUAGAGAGUAAAGAUCGGAUUUUUAUUUUUGGAAAAUGUCGCAUUCUGGCAAGUCUAAUUGUUCCGAGUUAGGGCUUAUUGACUCACUGAACGAACGAUUUGCUGACUCUUCACUCAGUUGCGAAGCUAAUAACAAGCCUGAUUUCAGAGAACUCGAUCUAGGUUCACCUGUUUCGCCAUUGAGGACUCGAGUUAGGGUUUCUAGUUCUACUACUACUAAUACUACUGCGACUACUACUAGUAGUAGUUCGAGUUCAUCUGGAUCGGUUUCUGGAAGAAAUGGUAGUCAGAAUAAUCAUAAUAAUAAUAAUCAAGUUAAUGGGAGAAGAUCUGAUUCCGGUGAGCUUUCUGGAUCGAGCGAGAGUAGUCCAACUGCUGUUGAAAGUCUUCGAUCUGGAAAGAAUUUCAAGACGACGAGAUCUGAUUCGGGAAGUAGUACACCUCCGUUGAUUUACUCAGGUAGUAGUUAUGGUGGUGGGUCGUCGGUGAACUCUCCUCCUCCGUCUUUGAAUGUUCUUCCAACUGGGAAUAUAUGUCCUUCUGGGAAGAUUCUAAAGAGUGGUUUGACUCCGAAUCGGAGAGAAAGGAGCGAUAUUUUGGGAUCUGGGAUGGGUAAUUACGGUCAUGGAAGUAUAAUGCGUGGUGGUGGUGGUGGUUGUCCGGUGAAAUGUGAGCCUGGAAGUCCGGCGAAAUGUGGCGGCGGUGGUGGUGGAGAGUUUAUGAGGAGAGCAAUGCCCAAUGUGGAUCCGGAGGAAGUGAAGAGGGCUGGGAAUGAACAGUACAAAAGGGGUCAUUUUGCUGAGGCUUUGAGUUUGUAUGAUAAGGCAAUUGCUUUGUCUCCGGGCAAUGCUGCUUAUCGGAGUAAUCGGGCGGCGGCAUUGACUGGUUUAGGACGUGUUGGGGAGGCUGUUAAGGAGUGUGAGGAGGCUGUGAGGUUGGAUCCUAACUAUGGGAGAGCUCAUCAGCGUUUAGCUUCUUUGUUUCUUAGAUUAGGACAAGUUGAGAAUGCAAGGAGGCAUCUUACCUUUCCGGGACUCAACCCAGGUCUUUCCGAGUUUCAGAAAUUGCAGGCACUUGAGAAACAUCUCAACAAAUGUACUGAUGGCAGGCGAAUCGGUGAUUGGAAAAGUGUGUUGAGAGAAGGUGAUGCAGCCAUUGCUUGUGGAGCCGACCAUUGCCCUCAGCUCGCUAUGUGUAGAGCGGAGGCGCUUUUGAAGCUCCACCAAUUUGAUGAGGCUGAAUUGAGCUUACAAAGUGUGCCCAAACUUGAACCAACCGCAAAAGUUUGCUCGCAGACAAGAUUUUUCGGGAUGCUUUCAGAAGCUUAUCUUCACUUUGUUCGAGCCCAAUAUGAGAUGGCAUUAGGAAGGUUUGAGAAUGCAGUUACAGCUGCUGAGAAGGCUGGGCAGGUUGAUGCACGAAAUGUCGAAGUUGCUGUGCUCAUUAACAACGUACGUUUGGUAGCAAGAGCGAGGGCUAGAGGAAACGAUCUAUUCAAGUCUGAAAGAUUCACCGAGGCGUGUUCGGCUUAUGGUGAAGGUCUCAAGCUUGAUCCUUCAAACUCUGUUCUCUAUUGCAAUCGAGCAGCUUGUUGGUUUAAGCUUGGGAUGUGGGAAAAAUCCAUUGAAGACUGCAACCAAGCCUUGAAUAUUCAACCGAGUUACACGAAAGCUCUUCUCCGAAGGGCUGCCUCAAACAACAAGCUAGAAAGAUGGGAAGAUGCCGUACAAGAUUAUGAGCUCUUACGAAAGGAACUUCCAUAUGACAAUGAAGUUGCUGAGUCUCUAUUUCAUGCUCAAGUUGCGUUGAAGAAAUCCCGUGGAGAAGAAGUUUAUAAUCUAAAGUUUGGCGGUGAAGUGGAAGAAGUUUCAGGUCUUGAACACUUCAGGGCCGCAGUGUCCUUACCAGGCGUGUCGGUUGUCCAUUUCAAAGCAAACUCAAACUCACAAUGCAAGCAAAUAUCUCCAUUUGUGGACACUCUAUGUGGCCGUUACCCGUCUAUAAAUUUCCUCAAGGUUGACAUUGAAGAUAGCCCUGCAGUGGCAAACAUGGAGAAUGUAAGGAUUGUGCCAACCUUCAAGAUCUACAAAAACGGUAAUAGAGUGAAAGAAAUCAUAUGCCCAAGUCGCGAAAUGUUGGAACACUCGGUCAAGCAUUAUAGCUUUUAGAGAAACUCAUGACAACAACACUGUAACUCUAUCUGCUUCUGUGUCAUAUUUUCGAGUCUUCUUCAUGCUUUUCUUUUUGUUUGGCCCAAACCGAACUCCCCCAUCUCUGUUCGAGAGCCCUUCCAGUCUUUACCCUCCUUCCUUAGGGAUGAUCAUUCUUACCUGUGACAUAAUCAAGACCACAUAAAUAAUCUUUAUUAGCAGCCAUUGGUAGUGGAUCCCAGAGAGAUAUUAGUAGCUUAGUUUCCUUUUGCAGUUUUUUAUUUAUUCAUUCAUUCCUCAUUGCUCUCUGGUUCCAUUUUCUUUUCGUUUGUUCUAUUCCUUUUCGGAACUUGUAUCUCAUAUUCAUGUAGGCCUAUCCUAGUGGUUGUGUAUCCCCCAAAAUGAAAAACAGAAAAAGGGAAAGAGAUAGUAAGUAUGUAUGUAUGUAUGUACAAUUUGAUUAAAUUUGGCUAAUGAGCCAAAACAUGGGGAAGAAGGGAAGAAGAGAGGUUUAGAGUAAAAAUGGCUGGUUGGUAGAAAUGAUCUGUACAUGUAUAUAUAUGUGAUAUAUACAAGAAGAAGAAGAAGAAGAAGAAGAAGAAGAAGAAGAAGAAGAAGAAGAAAAAUUGGAAGUUAUAAGGGAGAUUGGAUGGUUUUGGUGGGUACUUAUUGGGUUAGUGAAAGAAGGAUUGAAUAUGUUGUUAUUAUUAUUGUUGUUUUAUUUUCCUUUAAACCAUUUAUUUUUCCAUUAAUAAAAAUUCUUCUAAUUUUCUC